AUGCAGUCAAGAUUAGAAGAAGAGGAUGCCAAGGCAUCUCUUAUGAGUAGGAUUCAGAGGUUAACAAAGAUCAUUCUGGCUUCCUCAAAGAAUGUGAUUCCUGGAUAUCCGACUGAAGCUCCCAACCACCAACGAAGUCACUCUUUUGUCGAGGAAGAUAAACUUGAUGCCUUUCGGGAUGCGCUUAUAGAGCAAUUCGUAAAUGACCCUGAUGGAUCCAAAAGUCAGAUUGAGAACAAAGAGCGUGAAAUCCAAGAAAAAAAAGAAGCAAAUGAGUCUAAUGAAAAAGCCUUUGAGUUGGAGAUAAAAUCUACAGACAGGCGUGUCCUUCAGGAUCAACUAAAUGAUAAGUGUUCUGAAAAUAAAGAGUUGCAAGAAAAGUUGAAACAACUUGAGCAGCAACUGGCAGCAAGUUCUAACUGUACAUCAUUAUCUUCUGAACAAUAUGCAUCAGGAGCGGACGCUAAUGAGUUAAAAAAGAAGAUACAAUCCCAGGAAAUUGAAAAUGACAAACUUUAG